GUACAUGUAGGUCAACGUCUGAUUCAAUUCUCGGGCUUCACGAUUUCUCUCUCUAUCUCUCUGCCUCUAUCUGCUACUAUUUCUCUAUCUACCCCAUAGCAUCUAAAACACAACCGCCCACCCAGCAUGUCGGCCGAAGCAGACGUCAAGCUCCAUGACUUCAAGAACAUUUUCUCGCUGCAAGGCAAAGUCGCAGUCAUCACUGGUGGAUCACGAGGACUAGGUCUCCACGCUGCAUCUGGUCUCGCCCAAGCUGGCUGCUCCAAGAUCUUCAUCACGUCCCGAAAAGCGCAGGCCUGUGAGGAGGCUUGUGCCGCUUUGAAUGCCCUGCCCAACACGCAAUGCAAAGCGAUUUCCGUGCCCGCCGAUAUUGCGAAGCCAGGAGAGGUGGAGAGGUUGGUGAAGGAGGUGGAGAAGCAUACCGAUAAAGUGGAUAUCCUGUUCGCGAAUGCGGGUGCUACUUGGGGGGCAGAAUUUGAUAAACACCCGGAGAGUGCUUUCCAGAAAGUUAUGGACCUGAACGUCAAGAGCGUAUUCGUCUGCUCACAGAAGUUCGCACCCCUUCUCCGCAAAGCCGGAUCGAUCUCCGACCCUUCGCGAAUCAUUGUCACAGCAUCCAUUGCUGGAAUUGGCGUUGGAACACUGGGAAAGCAGGGAACAUUCGGAUACAGUGCUUCGAAAGCCGCAGCACUCCAUCUCGGCAGGAACCUCGCACUCGAACUGGGACCGCAGGGGAUUCUGGUGAAUAAUAUCGCACCGGGUUUCUUCCCCAGUAAGAUGGCCAAUGGACUGAUGGAGAUGAGUGGCGGCGUGGAGAAGUUGAAGGAGUCAAGCCCGAAUAAGAGGUUGGGCCAUCCGGAGGAUAUUGCUGCCGCUGUGGUAUUCCUUUGCAGUCGGGCUGGAAGCCACUUGAAUGGUGCGACGAUUGUGCUCGAUGGUGGGAGUGUAUUGCAAGCGAAGUUGUGAGAGAUAUAGGGAUUGCUUGGUUCAUGUCAUCACAACAGUUCUCUUUUCUUUUUCUUUUUGUGGUACUUCUUCCAUCUAAAGGCUUCACGAUGCUGACCGCAGACUGACAAGACAUGGGAGAUUAUCAUGAAAUGUUCAAUAUAGUAUGACAUUGGAGAAGAAAUUGCCCAUCAACGGCAAAACUAAU